GGACUGCCACAAGAGCCGCCCAGGACUUCAAGGCAUGUGUGCAGGGCUUUCUCCUCCCGCUCUAGUAGAUAACUACAGAUAAGCGUCGGGUCAGGAAGUAGAAUUGCUGGACUGGUUUACUGCCCCGGCUCCUCUUUCCCUUAAGGAGACGGGGAGAGGAAUCUCUACAGUACUAUCCCUCGAGGAGUCGAGAGGGCUUCCCGCGCUCCCUCGAGAUAUCAGAGACCCUAAACCACUUUUGGCGACCUCGGGGCGGCGACGCGCGCGCCUCUUGCGCUUCUUCCUUCCUCCUCGAAAUCCGCGCGGACACGGCCCUGAGAAACGCAGGCCGCAAGCCCUCUCCCCGGGCGGGAGCUCUGGCCGCCCAAAGCGCGCGAAAGAAGCAGCUCUGCCGCCGCCCCCGCCGCCGCUCUGCCCCACCGCUCCCGCGAAGCCCAGCCCAGACGAGCCUCCUGCCUGCGACUCCUCCUCCUCCUCUGACCCGACACCGCCCAUUUCCAACCGGCGGGCUCCAGGCUCCGCCUCGCCCCGCCGGCUGCCCGGUUUGGCUGGUUUCUGACUGUGCUUGCUGUUGCCGUUGCCGCAUGCUGUUUCGUGCCGUUGCCGGAGGAGCAGGAAGAUGGCGGAACCGGAGCCGGACUGCAGCGCGCUUUUGGAUGAAGAGCUUUCCUCCUUCGUCUUCAACUAUCUCUCCGACAGCCAGUACGAAGUCUCUGGUGAGGAGCACCUGUACUCUGAUUUCCCAGAGAUUGAUUUAUCUCCGCUGGAUACCAGUGACUUUGACUCAGCCAAUUGCUUCAGCGAGUUCCAGUGGUGGUGUGAGCACUCUGAAACAGAAUCCAGUCAGUACAGCACAGAUGACUCUGAGCUCUUUCAGCAGAUUAUUGACAGUGAGAAUGAAGCUUUGCUGGCAGCUCUCACUGAAACACUGGAUGACAUUCAGGAAGAAGACAUGGGUCUGGCUGCCUUCAAAAAUAUAGACGAGGGGGACAUGCCCAACAGCGGCUGCACAUCACCUAUCCCCUCUCCCAAUCCUGCUGCACCAGUCACGAGGGGGCCUCCUGGGGCCCAAGAGGUUGAUGAGCUGUCUCUACUAAAGAAGUUGCUUCUCUCGCCAUCCAAUGUGCCUCCAAGCUAUGAGGUUCAAAGAGAGGGGAAUAUAUGGCGUCAAGGAACUCCUAAAUCCAGACCUCAGCGCUCCUGUACAAAGGUGGAAGGAGUCCAAGACAGAAAGUCAACUUUUCCCCAGGCUCAGAAUCGGAACUGCACUGAGCUUCAUAAACAUCUUACCACAACCACCAGCAAACACUGCCUACACAGAAAAAACAGUGGGCCACUAGACGAGUGUCAUGCUGACAACAUUAGCAUCUGCUCUGUACCCCAGAGACAUUAUAUCCAAAACAAAGAAGACAGCAGUUUAAGUAAAGAUGCCUUGAAUUGCGGCAACGUUGCAAUGCCUCCUCUCUCUUCCUCUGAGAAAAGCACCGGAGACAAGGAACUUCAUGCUGCAGUGGAGCUUAUCCACUACAUGCAUACUUACUGCCUUCCUCCAAGAAAGCUGCCCCCCACACAUCCUGCUGAGGGGAAACACCAGCCUUUUCACAGCCCUUCCAAAAGAGCAAAGCCAGAUUCCCCCCUGCAGCAGCCUCCACUCUGUGGGAAUGAUAAUUGCCCAUCCAGUCCUUGGUACUUCUCCAUGCACUGCAAACAAUCCCGAACUCCGCUUUCUGAAUUUUCCAUCCUGAAAGAACUGCUUGCCAGAGAACUCCCAUGUGAUGUGAGUAAGCCAUAUCGGUUAGCAAAACCUGUGUACGCCUCCUUGGCCAGGUCACAGCUUCACAAAUCUUCAAGAACUUCACUUCACAAUGCUGGGAGGGACUCUUUGGAUGGAUAUAAUAAGCCCGCAACCAAAAUAAUACCAGAAAUGAAAACUGAGCUGAGACAGAUUCUCAAAGUAGAGCCCGAGGCUGAAAAAGAAACUGCGGAAAAGGAUAGUGCAAAACAAGGGACUCACAUGGGUCAGGGAUCCUAUGGGAAGUCAAGCCGCAAGCAGGAUCCCUUUAUUUAUGCAGUGCGUCGCUCUAAAAGGCUUAACCCUGAGCUCAGCGUUUGGCAGUCUUUCUUUGAUAAGCCUCCCUCAGAACCUGCAGUGUCCUCAGUGACCACAGCAAACACAUUCGCUUCAGCAGAGCCUGCCCUCUGCUCAUCUUUGCAAAACUUUGAUACAGACGCACCAGCAGCAGAAGUAGAAGUGAGUGGUGCUGAUGAGAUGGAUGGGGGAUUCCAGAGUUUCCCAAUGGAAUUGCAGACCCCUUCGCCGGACAGUUCUAGAGAGAGUCAGUGCUUCACCCCCUGUCAUCAAACAGAAGCACCACGGUGUCUGUCAUUGCCCUUGGCACAAACAGAAUCAACACUCGGGAAGCGCAGCUUUGACCAAGUUCUGACUGUAGAGCUGUGUGGCACUGCAGGUCUCACACCACCAACUACUCCUCCAUACAAGCCUUCGGAAGAGGACCUAUAUAAGCCAGACAUUCACCAGAGACCAGCAGAGAAGACUGCUGCCAUCACCAGCUCUGAGCCACAACCAAUGAUCAGUCAUAGGCCAAUUUCCAGAAAACAUCAGAAAAAGCAACCAGUGCGGACAGAGCUGUAUGCCCACCUGAGUCAGUCUGCUAUUCAGCCUGCUCACUCUGAGCAGCAUGGGGUGUUGAAACGCCCGUUCUCACGGUCUUUUGGUGAUCAUGAUUAUUGCCAAGUCUUGAAACCUGAGUAUUCGCUCCAGAGGAAGGUGCUAAGAUCUUGGGAGCCCCUGAGCCAUAUAGAAAGCCAACGCAAGAGGCAAGUGCCUGACGUUCCCUAUCAGGAGGAACGCAACAAGAGUUUUGAUAAAAGCUCAGUGAAGGAGGGCAGCAAACAGCUGAGGGACCAAGAAAUCAGAGCCAGUUUGACCAAACACUUUGGUCUUUUGGACAGUGCCCUGGAUGAUGGGGAGGCCCUGUUCUUCAAAACUCCUGAAUAUGAUACUGUCUUUGAAGACAGCUGCAGUGAGAUUGGUUCUCCACUGGAAGAGGAAGAAGAGGAGGAAGAGGAGGAGGAAUGCUACAUGAGUCCACUGGGUUCCAACAGAUGUCUACACAGUAGUGCUCUUUCUAGGACCAAUUUCCACUAUUGCUCCCGAAGUAGAUCUGAUUCAGAGUCUUCAUGCUGCAGAAGUAGGUCUCCAGUCAGCCAGCAGGCUUUCAGACGUGAAAAUGGCAAGCGUUGUCAAGAUGGAAAUGUGAGCAGCCAGAGAUUGAUGGAGAAAAAAAGAGAGAAAGCCAUUGGAGAAGGUCGUGUAGUAUACAUCCAAAAUCUUGCCAGCAGUAUGAGCUCUAGUGAACUGAAGAAGCAGUUUGAAGUGUUUGGAGAGAUUGUUGAGUGUUGCAUUUUGACCAAGAAUAAAAGGGGAGAUAAAUAUGGUGUCAUCACAUACCGGUGUUCUGAGCACGCUGCCUUGUCCUUGAAGAAUGGUGCUUCUCUGUGGAAAAGAAAUGAGCCGUUGUUCCAGCUGGCUUAUGGCGGCUUUGGACACUUCUUUUGGACCAGAUUUACUGAUCUGGAUUCCAACACAGAAGAGUCCUCUCCAACUCCAGUAAAAAGCAAAUAUGAGACCAUGGAUUUUGAUAGCCUGCUGCAGGAGGCCCAGGAAAGUUUGCAUCGGUAACAGCCUUAACCUUUGAGGAAUACCUUAAUACCUCAGUCAAGGCACUUCCAAUAUGUUUACGUUUUCAAGAAAUGAUUAAGUAUAUAAUGAGAGAGAGAAAGAGAAAGAGAGAGAGAGAGAGACUGCUGACCCUUUAAAUUGAUGUUUACAUUGAACAAGCUGCUUCUGUCUGUGAGUUCCCAUGGUGUUGAUGUUCCACUGCCACAAGUUAGUAUCUCUGCUUCUGAUUGGUUGUGUUAGGAUGAGCCUGCAAAAGCCUUCUGUCCUCUUCUUGUCCGAACCCCUUUCUCUGACUGGCCCCAUUUCCGCCAUGGAGUGGCAGCUGUGUUCACCAUAACUUUUAUUUCAUUUUUGGUCUGUAGUGUGUGAUUAUGAAAUUGUUAAUUGUGAAUAGAAUCAAGAUUGUAAACUAAUUUUUAAUAGAAGAAAGAAAUAUAUACUUAUAAUGUAUUUAUGGCUCAGAUGUACUGUAAUUCAGAUUUAUUGUACCGCUUCCUUGAUUUUUAACUAUGCACUGUAAUGAGGCACUUGCCCCUCAGCAGAUGCAGCCUUUCCAGAAUGGUUCCCUUCAGUGAGUGGCUCAUCUGAAAAUCAUAAAGAAUCCAUUUUGUCCUUGAUUAGCCGAGGGGGUUAUUGAAUGGCAGUGUUGAAUUGCUGUAUAAACUAUUCUUUCCAUUUGUCUGGACUGAAUGCUGGGAUCACCACUCCUUAAUCAUUGACUGCAUGAGACAUGACAAACUUGUGAUUCCGCAGUCCAAAGCGGACUCCGGGUAUUUUGACAACUGAGCCCUCAGAUGCCAAAAGAUAAAAUCAAGUGACAAAUGAGAAGGUGACAGGGUAUAUUUUCCCCUCUUCCCUCAUGCUGAAAUGAUAACCUGUCCUCCCAGCCAAGUAAAUGAUACAUGAGAAAAGCCUUGCUAAAGUCCUUUCUGAUCAGCACCUUGUUUCCAGGGGGCCACCAGAAGCUUCUGAGAAACUCACAAGCUGCCCAAGAAUGCAUUUAAUCUGCUACAAGUGGUGAUCUAAUGUUCACUGCUGCUGAAUUGAGAAGUACAUAACAGCCAUUAUAACUAAUAGCCAUUGACCUAUUUAUUCUACAUGUGGACUCUCUUGUGAGACAAAGAAGGUUGGAAAGUGAGCCAGACAAGUUAAGGCUCCUAAGCAUUAAACCCCAACAUUAGAAUAGCCAUUGUUUCAUGACAUCAUGACAUAAAGUCACAAAUAUAGAACAGUUUAUUUUAAGUCAGAUCCCCAGUAGCCUCAGGAAUAGAUUUCUGGCCAUCUGGUCAUUCAACCAAAGCAAAAUCUCUUGUCUGAUGGAUAGCCUGGGUUUGUUUGCAAGACUUAACAGAAAAAAUGGUCAAAAGCAUCCUUGCACCUUGACCCAGCACUCAGCAUCAGCAGCGUUAUCUCUGUCCCAUGUUAAAUACUGCUCUCUGCCUGAGCAAAUUUGAAUAAGCCAUACUGUACAAUAUACAGCCAGUCGCAUAUGAUAACUGUAUUGUUAUUUUUUAUUCUACAUGUCUGUUUGCCUGCAUCUUCCUUCCUUUUGAUUUCCCCACAGCUUAGAACUCUUGCUGUCUACUCAUUGAUCAGCUUUUCCUAAAUUCAAACCCUGAGAUGUCCAUGGGAAGGGAAUCAGCCUUGUGUAACUUAGGCUGAUUUAGACAAAUGGUUUCUGGAGAAAGAGGCCAUCCGAUGACGGUAAAUACAUGUGGAGACCUCAUUCUCAUAUAGUACACUGUACCAAAUGCAUCAUUUGCCAGAUGCAAUGUGGCUGUUCUUGUGCUAAUUGACAUCCAGCAAAGGAUAGGGAGACACUAAAUAAGCAAUAGGAACAUAAAGAGAGCACUUUCGAGUGGGGACCAAAUAGCAUUGCUAAGUCCUCCAUCACUCACCAUUUCUUGAUUCUGUUUUUCACAAAGAUGAGACCCAUGGGGUUCAGCCAUCCAUGCAGAUAAAAUACAACAGCCUUAAUUCUGUCAGUAGUUAGAUUCUCUUCCCUUAAGGUCUCUUUAGCAUAGCGUAUAUUUAAUUAGGAAUCAAAGAACGAAAACAUCGUGAUUCUGUCCUAAUUCAUGUUGUCCCAAAGACUGUUUGUCUGAAUAGUCCCCCAUUCUCUUGGUAAGGACUGUACAUAUCAAAGGCACCAUAAGAUCAAGGAAUUUCUUAUUUCAUCCUGAAUAUUUAUUUCUGGGAUGUGAGUGGUGAUCUGGAGCUUUCAUAAUAACAAUCCUGAUUUCAUAUGGCAGCUAAUAUAAUUUCUAUGCUACUUGCAAAAUUCACUGUCACAAUGUUUUGGCUAACAUGUCACUUUUAACAUCUCUGUUUAGGAACUUAUUAAAGGAUUACAAGGCCAUUAGAUCUUCUUGUGAUCAGUCCAGAACAAGAUGAAGUAUCUGCUAUAGACAAGUGCCUCAUUGUAGCUUUGCCUUUUCUGUCCUAGUAUUUCCUUACCACAAUGAUGUUUACAUGUGAUUGCUAUAGAGCUUACCGUAGAAUGUACAUAGUGACACAUUUAGGGUGGGUAGGACUGUCCUGUCCUGUGCUGUACUGAUGUUUUCAGAGAACAAUCAAACAACAACACAAUAAUAAUAAUAAUAAUAAUAAUAACCACCCCAGCAACUACUAAGUGGAAUUCUUCCAUCUCCUGGCUUGGUUACAAGAGAUAUCAAAAAGUUCAGAACUAGGAUUGGUCAGAGAGAUGGAAAAUGCAUCAAAUUUUAAGCGUGUUGAAAGUGUUGAAUGCAGCUGGAAAGAAAGAGUUAGAACAGCCCUCCUGCUGUUUGGAAGAUGCUGCUUCUAGCCCAAACUUGCUUGCAAACGUGGCUUUAUCUGCUUUUAUAUCUCAAGUUAUUUUUCAGAAGCUGGACUUGCCAGUGAUAUUAGGGCAUGCAAGACAUGCUCCUUGAAGGGAAGGAAGAUCCUGUAAUGCACAUAGCCUCUCGAUCCUAGCUGUAGGGAGAGGUGCAAUAAGUGAUCUUUGUUUUGCCUAAAGCCUAUAAAAAUAUAUUUUUUGUGCGAGGAAUUUCACUAGGACUUUAUGCAAUAUGCACAUAUGUGCACAAACGCACACAUGAACGAGAGGAAGACAAUGGGCAUUGAGCCCUUCAGCAUCUACAAAUUCAGUAGUGUUGAAUGUAGAACCUAAGUGGGAUGGUCUGCAAAGGACGCACAUUUCUCCCGGUUAUAGCAUAUCAAUACCUGCAGCUUAUGCUAAAUUUGCUAUUGGAAGCACAGCUAGUUUGCAUCACCCACACAGGGAGAAAUUUGUGAAAAUCCUGUGUUCGUAUUUAUUCUUAAUAGAGACUUGGGAAUUUGUAGUGUAUGACAGAAGAAUUUUAGGCAAAUGCCUGGAUCAGAGAACAGGGAGAACAAAGUAGAGAGGUACACUAAUGUUUCUUUGAAUAAAUAAGUACGAUGCAUUAAACUUUUGAUAUGUAGAGCACUCAGCUGCAGCGCUACAUGAAUAUUGUAAAGAGUAAUUAUAGAAGGCUGUUGAAGAAUGACCAAGUUCCAUAUGACAAAGGAAGUGAUAAGAUCGAGUGGAUAAAAUACCCAGCUUUGAUACUCCUAUCUCCAAAUAUCAGAGUAUCCAAAUAAUAGACUUGUGAUCCACUAAACCAAACUCAGACUGUCAUCCUGAUUUUGCUUCUUGCCUAGGAGUGUGAGAGAUCUCAUAGGCUUGGAUAGGCAGCUGAUAUUCUAUGGUUACAUUGGUGGGUCAACAAAUCUUACAAUACAACAUGAACUUUUUCUCACGCAGUAAGAGAACUGUUUGUUUUCCUUAGGACAAGGAAUUAAAAUGAGCUUUAUAUCUUGCUCCAGCCAUCCUUGCUGCUAAUGUGUUCUGGCAGAUUCCUCCUAAGGGCAGUUAUAUUCAGCACAUUUUGAUUAUCUUAGGAUAGUACAAAGAGGCCCGCUGACUAAAAAUGACUAUAUGCUGCCUCUUAGCUUAAGGCAGGGGUAGACAACCUUGGCUCCAUAGCUGGCUCAGGAAUUCUGGGAGUUGAAGUCCACGAGUCAUAAAAGAGCCAAGAUUGCCUACCCCUAGCUUAUGGGGAUUCAUUUCUGAAGGGAUCAUGUUCUUUGCCCUUUUUAUAAAGAGGGUGCUAGCAGGGUCCUUUCUGCAAAGUUUGCCUAAAUUUCUUCUGUACUUGUUUUAAUUAUAUGCAUAAUGCCAACACCCCCAUGUUCAUGGGGCAGGCCUAGCCAUAACGAUGAGCAACAGAACAAAUGAAGAUCUUGUGAGGACACAUGAAAAACCAAAUAAAGAGAAUUAAUCGUCCAGGGUUUUUCGGAACAAAAGGGUGUAUUAAGAGAGGCAAUCAUGAGGGAGACAUUUAUUUUUUUAAACAAAAUUAUAUAUGUUUGUAGAUGUGUGUGUGUGUGUGUGUGUGUGUGUGUGUGUGUAUGAGAGAGAGGAAGAAAGAGAAAAAUCCCUCCUAAUUUUCUUUUAUAGUUUUUUUAAUUAUUAUUAUUUUAGAAAAUCAGGAGAAAUACAUUGAGGAUAGGAAUAAGUCACAAGCCAUUUAUUUUCUCUCGAUCCUUUAAUAACGAUCGCUUUAUUGUAAAACAAGUCAAUAUUGACAAGUCAACUGAAAACUUUGGCAGAAGUAAAACAGCCAUGUCGUAAAGGGACUACACAAGAAGAACUGGGUUCUGUAUCUUAUUUUCACUGCCAGUUAUUAAACAGUUGUCUUGUUUUCCCUCUGACCUAUUCUACCUCCAUAAAACUGAUAUCAGCUUUGUCUUUGUUUUUGUGGUGAACACUCAGUUUUCUCAGUAGCCCAUUCAAAAAAGCCAUACAAGAGUCCGUAUGAGUGUGUGCAUGGCUGUGUUUAAUAUGGCAUUAAUUUACUAUAUGGAAAUAGGAAGCAGUUUAGCAUUUCCUAAGUUUAUUUUCCCAAGAGGAUAGUCCAUGUGUUAUAUUCUUUACCAAUGUAAGCAUACCAAGCCUCUUUUUCAUUUCCAUGUUUUCUGAAUUUUUUGCGAAGCUAUUUCUUUCUCAUUUGUAUAAUUUGACUUUAUAUAUAUAUAUAAUUCCCUACACUAUGUCAUUGAUUCCCAUAUAGCAAUUGGGAGGGCCCCUUCCACGACAUGUUUGUGUAUGAUUUCAGGUACCUCAUUGUUCUAAAAAGGGUGGUCACCCUCCUUAUCAAAAACAAAUAGGAGCUCAUGCAUUCUGCAUUGCAUUUAUGAUUAGUUGAAGAACAUGGGCCUAACAGUGAGCAGCUGCAAAAGGGUACUACUAAUUUAUUUGAAGACAAAUGCUAUAAGAAUGUAAUAUACAUACAUAGUACAUCAUAUAUAUAUAUAUGAUGUUUUAGGGCAUAUGUUGAGCAUAAAAUGGCUUAGAUUCAAAGCCUGUGUGGGAGUUAACAUGAUGAGUUGAACUUCCCUAUAAUCCUUAUACAGGUAGUCCUCAACUUACAACAGUUCGUUUAGUGACCAUUUGAAGUUACAGUGGUACUGAAAAAUGUGACUUAUGACCAUUUUUCAUACUUGACCGUUGCAGCAUCCCCAUGGUUACAU